AUGUCGCAACACGCAUUGUCCGACCAGCAGGUCGACAAUGAGCUUCGCAAGAUGACGGCUUUUAUCAAGCAAGAGGCCAUGGAAAAGGCGCGCGAGAUUGAGAUCAAGGCCAACGAGGAGUUUGAGAUUGAGAAGUCCAAGCUGGUGCGCCAGGAGACGGACUCGAUCGACGCCACGUACGAGAAAAAGUUCAAGCAGGCCACCAUGUCGCAGCAGAUUACGCGCUCGACCGUCUCCAACAAGACCCGCCUCAAGGUGCUCGGCGCCCGCCAGGAGCUGCUGGACAGCAUAUACGAGACCACGCGUAAGCAGCUGGCCGACGGCACUAAAGACAAGGCCAAGUACCAGAAGUUGCUGGCCGCCCUGGUCCUGGAGGGCCUGUACACGAUGAACGAGUCCGACGUCCAGGUCCGCGCCCGCGGUAAGGAUGCCGACGUGGUUAAGAAGGCCCUUGACGACGCCGCCAAGACGUAUAAGAAGGAGCUGGGCAAGGACGUCAAGGUGACCCUCGACGAGGAGAACCCCAUACCAGACGCCAGUGCUGGUGGUGUCAUUGUUGUCGGCUCCAAGGGCAAGAUUGAGAUUGACAACACCUUUGAGACCCGCCUCAAGUUGCUCGAGGAAUCGGCUGCCCCUGCCGUUCGCGAGUCCUUGUUCGGGAAAAAUGAAAACCGCAAGUUCUUCGACUAA